AUGAUUACCACUGAAAACAUUAAUAAUUCCACCGAUAAUCGCUCCUCAGACGGGAGAAAGCAGAGUCCUCCUGCUUUCCUCGAUCUUGCAGACUCGGCUGCGAGACUGGGUACUAAUAUGCCAGAUAUGUCGGCUCGCGUCGAGCUGAAGCGCCUGGAGCACGAGCGUCAAAGGUUAUUACAGCGGAAAAUGUUCGAGGAUCAAAUGCGCGCGCUCGAGCAACAGCAGGCGCAGGAGUUGCUUUGCAUUCCUUAUGACCCGACUGGUUCAGCCCAUAUUGCGGUCUCGGCGCCAACCACUCCUCCAAGGGUUACUGCGGUUUUGAAUGGCGACAAUCUUGUUAGGGCGGCUCUCUCUCACUCUUCGGUGGAUGCGGAAACGCUUUCAAAGGCUGUUGGUUCUGCGGUUGAUAAGAGAAAGUCGGUCACUUAUGCGCCUUCUGUUCAUCGGUCCCCAGAGCUUGGGUCUGGUCAUGGAAUGAAUGGUCAUUAUGGAAGAUCUGCUGGAGCUAAAAGUAUGCCUGCGAGCCGUCGCACCUCCGCUAGCAGUCACGACGAGGAACUUGCUGGUCACUUUGCAAGAUACGGUGAUGAGGAGCGCCCUCGUGGCCAGCAGUAUAAUGUAGGAAUGAUGCUUGACGAGCAGUUGGACCAGGAAAUGCACAAUGCAAUGAGGCAUCUCCCGACCUCUGACGAGGACAAGUUCGCAUCUUAUGCCAACAGGAUUACCACCUCGUCGGCUGCCCUGGAUCUGGCACAUCGCUCCCAGACAUCGCCAAGGAAUUCAUUCUCCGCAAGGGGCGACAAGCACUCUGAGUGGCCACAGUUCUCGAACAACCCCCGCGUGCCUGACGGUUUGAGCUCCCGUAACGAUCGGCGCACUGUCACCAACCCAACAUUGACGCUGACGUCUUCCCCCAUUGGUUUGUCUACUACCAAUACCCUUGGCGGUGGGGCAUCUAAUCCCCACGCAGGUCAGCACGCGCAAGUGUCUCUUGGGUCAAACGGACAAGCACCUACAUCCAGACGAGGCUCUCCUGCCAUGAGCACGACGCGCUCAGUACCAGCUACGCCUAUGUCUAUGGCGAACGGUGGCAAUGGGCAUCUGCUGCAGACUCCCGGUACCCCUCACACUCCUGAUUCCCAGGCGUUAAGCGGCCGUCUGUCUUCGCAAGGUAGUUACCCGCUGGGCGAGGACUCUGGCAAGAGCGACAUUCAACCUUCUCUCUCGCGCAUGUCAUCUGGCCAGUAUGACAACGUUCCGAUGGGUUAUGAUUACGGCGUCGACGGUGUUUAUGGGUUGAACGGUCAGAUGGACAGCGGUCGGUUCAAUUCGUAUGAUCUCGACUCGAGCACCCGGUCUAGCACCAGUGCCAAUGGUACGAGCGGCUCGACCGCCCUUUACCACCACAACGGCACGCGAUACGGUCUGCAUAUUGGCCGUACUAAUGGCGCUGAUGGAAAAAUGAACGGCAUGCACGGCCCCAAGCACAAGAGGGGCGACAUGGACCUGAACCGUUUCGCAGGCACUCGCCUUGAAGAUCUCCAGGGCGAAAUACCCACACUCUGUAAAGACCAGCAUGGUUGCCGCUACCUCCAGAAGAAGCUCGAGGAAGGCGUUGCUGAACACCGCGACAUGAUCUUCCGUGAAACAUUUGGUCACUUCGCCGACCUGAUGACCGACCCAUUCGGAAACUACCUUUGCCAGAAGCUCCUCGAGUUCUCCACGGACGAUCAGCGAAACGUCAUCUGCGAGUCCGUCGCUCAAGACCUCGUCAACAUAUCCUUGAACAUGCAUGGUACGCGCGCAGUACAAAAAAUGAUUGACUUCUUGUCCACCAGACGCCAGAUUCAUUCUAUUAUUCUUGCGCUCAGCCUUCAUGUUGUAGUGCUCAUCAAGGACCUCAACGGAAAUCAUGUUAUUCAAAAAUGUCUCAACAAGCUCGCACCGGAAGAUAACCAGUUCAUCUACAAUGCGGUGGCUGCCAACUGCGUGGAGGUCGCUACCCACCGCCACGGCUGCUGUGUGCUUCAGCGCUGCAUCGAUCACGCCUCGGAUCACCAGCGCAUCCAGCUUGUGAAUGAAAUCACUUACAACGCGUUGACCCUGGUUCAGGACCCUUACGGCAACUACGUUGUCCAAUAUAUCUUGGAUCUUAACGACAAUCGUUUUAGCGAUGCUGUUAUUCGCCAGUUCACAGGCAAUGUUUGUGCGCUGUCUGUUCAGAAGUUCAGCUCCAAUGUCAUUGAGAAGUGCAUCCGUGUUGCCGAACAUAGCACUAGGAAAAUAUUGAUUGAAGAGCUACUCAACCGCACCCGCUUGGAAAAACUCCUUCGUGACUCGUAUGGCAACUAUUGUGUGCAGACGGCCCUGGACUAUGCCGAGCCGGCGCAACGUAUGCUCCUUGUUGAAGGCAUUCGCCCUGUCCUUCCCUUGAUUCGCAACACUCCUUACGGCAAGCGGAUUCAAAACAAAUUGCAGCGGGAACAGGCCAACGCUGAGAGCUUCGGUUACCACGCUCCUCAGGGUAUGAUGCCCAUGGGCAACCCCGGUCAUCAUGGUCACGGUCACCCCUCCGCUGGGGCCCGGCAUGUCCCUCAAGGAAUGCAUCCUAAUAAUGGCAUGGCUGAAGUCUAUGCCCAAGGAGGCUUGUAUGGUAUCCAAGGCCAAGGCUCCUACGGUCACUCUCACCUCGGUCCCCAAAUGCACGGUCUUCAGGCGCGUUCGAUCGAUGGAUACGUUUUGCAAGGCACUUCUCCUCACAACGCCAGUCUGACACCCCCUCAUACCCACGCCACUGGCUACACGGGCGUUGCUGGGUAUGCUAACGUGAGCCCUUUUGGCACGGUCGGUGUUGCCGGGUCAUUGAAUGAUCCUUACCAGAGCUACGGCUAUGGCAUGUAG